AUGGUCGUAACGCGUUCACGUUCAGCUACUACACAUUUGCAGCAGCAGCCAUCACAGAUGCUAUUAACAGCAACUUCGAACACGUCUCCAUCAUUACAGCAACCACGGAUACCAAUGUUUAAUUACACGUCACUAACUCCACGAAUGCAUAAUUUUGAUUCAGAAGAUGUUGAAAAUUUGAAUGAAUGUGUCGAAGAAAAACAUACAGCUUCUGCUAAUCAAUCAUCUGCGGAAGAACCAGAAUCAUGGCCAGUUCCAAUUGAUAAAAUUAAAGAACGUACCGUGACAGAACCAACAAGUGUCGUAGCCAUUAUAGAACAAGAAUAUGCUAAAGCAAAUUUGGCCAAAGAUGAACAGUAUCAAUUGUUGUUGCCAUCUGCACAAGUUAGUUUAGCGUUGACAAUGCAUAAAUUACAUGCAAGCCAAGUUCCACCGAAUCCAGAUGAUCAGUUACUCGACGUGCUAGCACUCUUUAAACUAUGCCAUUGUUUUGGUGUCUAA